AUGUCCUCUUCCUCGGAUUCCAGUUCCGGCUCAGACUCUAGUACUCUCAGCAUUACAACCCGCUCACAGCGCAACCCCGCACGCACCGCCGUAAAACGUCAAAUUGCCCUAUGCAACCUCCACAUCUCUGAUCUACACUUUGCGCUCAAAGAAGCCCGUGCCAAACGCACAGAGCUCAAUGCCGCCCUCAAUGCGACUACACCCUUUCUCGCCAAGCUCUCGCUCGAGGUUAUCUGCGAGAUUUUCCAACACGUCGUCGACGCGCGUGAUCCGCGCGAUUUUGCGUGCACUCCUCCACAAUUUGUGAUAGGCCGAGUGUGUAGCGCGUGGCGCACCAUCUCCCGCUCGUCCCCUACGCUCUGGCGCACAGUUGUCAUCCGCUUUGACAACCGACGGACUCGGCAGCCAAAGCUGUUGGAGGAGUGGCUAAAGCGUGCGGGUCAGGCAGGACCCCUGCGGUUCUACCUCUCGAUUGCAACACCAAAGGGCGUAUGGAACACCGCACCGCUAGAGUGCUCGACCAUGGUCCUAAAGCUGAUGCAUCGAUGGGAGGUGUUUGAGUGCACCGAGUUCCUUGCGAUGGCAUGGCACUCGCCGGGGCCAAUGUCGUUUCCCCGGCUGAAGGCCCUCUCGCUGCGCUAUGAGCCGUUCGACUACAAUUACUUGCUCGCGCCCCAGUUGCGCAGCGUGACGGUGUAUGGGUCGCAGCCGCAACGCCUCCGCUUGUGCUGGGACCAACUAGAAACCGUCAAACUGCACAGUGUGCAUGUCCGUGAGGCGCGGUGGGUGGUACGGCAGAUGGUGCAGGCACGGGAGGUGCUGCUUGAUGUGCACUGCGAGGGCCCGCUUCCGCCGUCCAUUGUGCUUGACCCGGCAGGGGCGCAAAAGAGGCUCCCCCAUCUCCUGACACUUGAGAUCAGAGACGACGCAGGCAGGUCCUUGUCCGGGAUUCUGCUGGACAUUGUGGUGCCAGCGCUGCAGACACUAACCAUAGUCACCCGUGGUCAAAACCAGGCAGGAGGCACGGAGUGGUGCGCGGACCUCGUGGAUAUGUACCGCCGGUCCAUUACAACUGGAGAGUCCAUGUUGACAACAUUAACACUAAAACAGUGCGCACUACGAGAGAUUGAAGUUAUUCAGCUUCUGCACUGCUUACCCUCACUCACAUCUCUUGACUUGCACCAUGCCAUCUCAGGCGGCGGCAUGUCCGACGAUCUGAUUGACCAGCUCAACCCCAGUAAUGACCACCCGGGUGUAUGUAUCCUUCCCUUCCUCCGCCGCCUCAAUUACAGUGGCCCUGUGAAGUUUGACGCAGACAAUGCACUUUUCAUGCUCAGCGAGAGGCUGACGUGGGGGGACAAUCGCGCCAAAUACAAAGCAUUGUUCAAUAAAGAGGCACCAGUGGUGCAGAAAAUCGAGGAGAUGCGGGUCGAGUAUCAAAAUAGAGAAUAUUUUAGGGAGGGCGAGUUUUCAAAUCCAAAUGGUGUGGGCGCAUUUUACGAGCGGAAGGUGGAGUUGAAGACCAAAGGGGUGAACUUUGAUAUGGUGUGGGUGGAAAGCACUCGGACGUGA